UCUGUACAAAGUUACUUGCUUUCCAAAGGCCCCCCUGCGUUGCAAAGUCUGGAGUCGCGAACAUGGCCGUCCAGAAUACCACGUUGCGACAGGGCUGAAGAUUUUAAUCAUCUGAUUGGCUAGAACGAUGGGUUGAUGCAGCUGGCUCUCGAAUUUGCAAUGUCGCACCUUCGACUGCACUCAGGCAUCAUUCUUCGCUAUAAGUAUUCGACUGCUGGUAAGUCUGCCUUCGCCAGCGUCCCUAAUGGGCCUAGGAGACUCAUUGCGGACCACGUCGUCGUGCUUGACGAUUUCCCCGGGCCGAACCUAGUGGUUGGCUUCGGGAGACCAAGUUCAAAGUGGAGUGGCAGGUAACUUGCGAAUCAGCUCGACAAUCCAAAUAAGGAGCUCCUCUGGCCGCUGAGACAGCUGGCGAAUAUCCGCAAGAUUGCUCAAACUCGCUACGGGUACAUUCAGACGGACGAAGAGCUGGUGGUGUACUGCUUUAGCAAGAACGCUGAACGGUGGAAGGUAGCCACCAUGCCGAUUCCGUGGUCUAGGAACGGCGUCGAUGUGCUCACAACAGAUCUUGCUUUGUGGUGGCUAUGUAUGCUGGCAAUGUCGGCCCAUCAUCACCGUGCCAUUGUGGGGGAGGAAGAAAUGGUCAAGAUCAACGAUUGGGACGUCGUUUAUCUCGAUGAGGAGCGAGGUUGGGUACGUCGCCAUCAGUACUCGAACGUCGAGGAGCCCGUGAGCCCUCCCCCGCCUCCUGAAUACAGGACUCCCUCCCCAGGCAACGCUGCUGCUUUCGCAGCUGGCGCGGGCCCCCACGCAAACAACUGGCUCAACAUCAACCCCCUUAACGAUGCCGACCCUAGCGAUUUUAAUCUCCUGGGAUUCCCUUUUAUCUAGUGAUGAGAAGCGAUCAGCAAGCGCGGAGUAAAAUGAAACGAGGAAGUUCUAAAGGAAAGAAAUCGUGGGAAACGGUAGGGGUCUUAAGCGGCUUUGAUUAAAGCUAUUCAGGGCAUUCUUAUGAGCCAUUGAAGAAGAACAGCGUGGGCACGCUGUUAGGGGGACCGAUAAGGAACAGCCCAACAGCCAACAACUGGCCUAGUGCCGACCAGGCAG